AUGAAUCGGUUUUUUGGAAACGCUGCCAGUAAAAAACCAAAACCUUCACUUCAAGAUGCAAUCGCAUCGACAGACGCACGAAUGGCUUCCAUUGAAGUCAAAGUCCGGAAGCUCGAUGCUGAGCUUGCGCGGUACAAGGAACAGAUGAGCAAGCUGAGACCAGGUCCGGGGAAGAACGCGAUACAGGAAAGGGCACUCAGGACGUUGAAGCAGAAGCGUAUGUACGAGGCGCAGAUUGCGCAGCUCACACAACAAACCUUCAAUAUGGAGUCGGCUGCCCUCGCAACUGACAACCUACGAAAUACAAUGGCCACGGUCGAUGCCAUGCAAAUAGCGAACAAAGAAAUGAGGAAGCAAUAUGGGAAGAUUGACAUUGACAAGAUCGAGAAUAUUCAUUACGACAUGGAAGACUUGCUGGAGCAGGCGAAUGAGAUUCAGGAGACUCUUGGUCGGUCUUACGCCGUCCCUGAUGAAAUCGACGAGGCAGAUCUUGAAGCAGAGCUGGAUGCGUUGGCUCUGGAAGAGGAAGAGGAGGGUACUUCCUAUCUGGCAGAUCUUAACAAAGUCCCUGACUUUAUAGACGAGCCACCUGUGGAAACACUCAUAUGUGCUUCAUCAAAGACCCCAGCUCGGCAAGAAGCCAUCCGGACGACAGCGUCAUAG